AUGGUCCUGAGGAGGGUUGGUUGUUCAGGCUCAUGUCAAAAGACUGAUUUGGCAUCUGAGCUGAUCCAGCAGGCUUUGCUGUCCCAGAAUGCCGUGCAGCAGAAGGAGGCCAUCACCAAACCAUGUCAGGUGUCCUCCUUCCUUUCCUGGAAGCAGAUGAGGGAUAGCCAGGAUCAGGAACUGAAACAGUCCAACCACAAGAGGCCAAAACUGGUGGUCAAGGGCCCCAGGAGCAUUCUCUCUCAGAAGCAGCAGCAACAGAGGAACAAGCCCACUGGUACAUCAAUUCAGGCAUCUGGCAGCAGGGGGCGCAAGAGAAUUGGGACAGACAGGCUCCUCUUCGCCUUCCUCUAUGCCCAGCUAUGGCUGGUGCUCUGCUACCGCCACAAGCGCUUCAGCUAUCAGACGGCGUUCCUCUUCCUGUGCCUGCUGUGGGCCGCCCUCCGCGCCCUCCUCUUCUCCUUCUACUUCCGCGACUGCGUCACGGCCAACGCGCUGGGGCCCUUCGCCUUCUGGCUGCUCUACUGCUUCCCCGUCUGUCUGCAGUUCUUCACGCUGAGCCUCAUGAACCUCUACUGCGCCCAGGUUGGGACAGGAUUGGCUCCCAGGGGCCACCUUGAGGGAGGAGGGUCUUGGAGAGGGACAUUGGCCAAAUUGAUGCAAUUUUGGGUGUCCAUUAGGGUCUUAAAUGAGGAUUAUAGUUGGAUGGCUUUCAUUUAGAUAUUCAUACGCCAUAGUUCUGAGUACCAAUGCAUGUUAACACAUUGAUGCGUGA